CAGUGAUGAUGUACACAUCCGGUCCUGGAGGAAAUGGCCGCUUUGAUUGAGAGGAGGAGGAAUUGUGUUAUGAAAGAAGAAAGACCUUCAAUAUUGGUUGAAACUAGAUGGUCUUUGAAGUGGAAAACUCUCAGUUCUUUUUCAUUUUCUGUUCCGUCUAACUUAUGUAAAAUGAGGAUUCAAAAUAUUCUCAUAGUUACUGCUGCUGCAAUACUUUUGUCAGGCUUGUCGUUCGGUGUAAUCACAACUUUCCCUCGAUUCCUCCUACUGUUUCUGACAAGUGUCGGAGUUUAUUCCGAGAAUAAUGUUAGUUUAACUGGUAUGCCUCAUGAUUGUGUUCAUGGAAAUGAAGGUUCAUGCCACAAAAGUGGUUAUAGUUCAAACGAGUGGUGUAAAGGCAACAUCCAAUCCACUGACUCGCCAACAAGUAGUGCCGAAAAAGAUGAUUCCAUUUAUAAAAAGUCAUCAACUUUCUAUGAUACGUCCAUCAGUAUUCGAUACAAACAACGUUUUCCAGCUGGAAAAGAUGUGAAAAGAGAAGCUGUAGCUGCAAUGAACAUUGCCCUAGAUCUUCAGAACCAGGGUAAAACUGAGAAAGCCAUGAAGAUUUUCCAGCAUGCAGUUGCCCUUGACCCUUCUCAUUCAGACAUUUUGACAGCUUUUGGAGAAUUUUUAGAGUGGCAUGUGAAAGACAUUGUCAAGGCUGAUCACAUGUACCACGUAGCGCUGGAAAACUGCCCAGAACAUGGGAGGGCUUUACAAAAUAGAGAGAGGACAGGUCCUAUUGUGGAAGAAAUUGAUCAAGCCCUCUUCAGUCGCAUCGACCAGAAACGCUCACUGCUGUACACCAUACCACACCAUCAUCCAGGUCUAAGGCGGGCAAAAAAGGAAGCUUACUUUGCCCAUAUUUAUCACACCAACGCCAUCGAGGGAAAUACCCUCACUCUCGCUCAGACGAGGUCUAUUGUGGAGACACGAAUUGCGGUUGGGGGAAAAAGUUUGCGAGAACAAAAUGAAGUUCUUGGUUUGGACUCUGCUCUGAGUUUCAUAAACAGCACUCUUGUUGGCCGCAUUGGUCGACUCACGCUUCAGGACAUACUGGACAUUCAUAUCCGUGUCCUCGGAUUUGUGGAUCCCACAGAGGCUGGAAGAUUCCGUGCCAACCAGGUGUAUGUCGGCGACUUCAUCCCCCCUGCCGCUGGAGAGCUCAAAGAUCUGAUGGAUCAACUGGUGGAGUGGCUCAACUCAGAGGAAGCCUCGAACCUCCACCCCAUCGAGUUUGCAGCCCUGGCACACUACCGACUGGUCACCAUCCAUCCGUUUUACGAUGGCAAUGGACGUACGUCACGUCUGCUCAUGAACUUGAUCCUGAUGCAAGCUGGAUUCCCACCAGUCUCCAUUGAGGUCAAUGACCGACUGACUUAUUAUGAGACGUUGGAACAGGGGAACAAGGGAGAUAUCAGACCUUUCAUCAGGUUCAUCGCAAAAUGUGCGGAGAGAACUCUAGAUGGUUAUUUGUUCGUCACGAUGGAGGAUUACGAGCUGACAUUACCAUCUUCACAUAGAACUCGUGCUUCUGGAUCCAAAGACAGAGUUAUAUACGUCGAUAAUGAAUUAUACGAAGAUGGAGACAGUGUAAAUAGCAGCUCCGAAGAGGAUGGUGGUUCUUGAUGAUGGCUUUUUUCUUGUGUGAAUUGUUUUGUGAUGUUGUAUGAAUUACCAAUUCUAUUUAUUUAUUUAACCUUUAACUUCCAUAUUUUGGGGCAUUUCAAAAGUACCCAUGAUAUAUACUUUUGGAAAGGUGAAGGAAUAUUUUAUCUUUCAAUAGAUCUCACACACAUGCACACAAAUGCACCCCCCCCCACCCCUCUCCACCUCUAUCUCAUUACCUCUUGAUGUCUUUGCUUUAUGCUCAGUGACAUGAAGUUAUUCUUGAUUUAGUCCCUUCUUUUCUUUUAAGUCUGAUAAUUAAAUCGUCUAUAAAAUGUAUUCAUACAGUUAUUUGGUUGGAGGCAGAGGGAGCAUCAAUUCAAAGAAAUAAAUAAUUAAUAGAGAUCUCUGGCACAAAUAUUCAGAAUGUGUGAGAAGUCAAUCAAGCUAAAAUCCGAAUUCCUAGUUGAAUUUUCUUCAGUUUUAUGAAAUUGAUCACUCAUUGUCUUUCAACAUAUAUAAAUAUGUGUGCUUGAAGAAAUGCUCCGAAAGUUGGAAAUUGGAGGAUUUUGAGAAAAGGGCAGUUUUUAAUAGUCAAUGCAAUGCUGAGUCCACUGCUUUAAAAUUUCUUUAGAAAGCUCAAGUAGUUUCAAGACACAGCGCAGUUUGUGAGAGAGGGAGCAAAAACUAAUUUUUUUAAUGACCUCAAAGUUUUAUAUUUUGUUCCCCUUUGUUGUUAAGAUAAUUAGUUUUGGAAUAUAAAGCAGUCAAAUAAAGCGACAGCUUUUUAGUAUGUGCUGUAGAAAAGGUUAUGCCAAUGUUUUUAUAAGGAAUUACUUUUUUGGUCUCAGAUGACCUGUUUGGUCUUUCGGCCCCUGACUCAAAACCAACACUGUCGACUUUUGGGUUAUUUCUCUAAACAUGCACACAUGCAUGUUCAUUGUUCAUUACUCUUUGUAAAAGGAAAUCUCACUGAAUAAUUGCUGAAUUUUCUUUGUACAUAAUUGCACGAUAUGGAAUAGCUAGUUGUCUUCCAACUACACAGGGCGAUGGGUAUCAAAAUUCAACGGUUGUAUCUUAUAUGUUUAUGUUGUAAGUCUGAAGGAUAGAAAUUAGUACUUGUUAUCGUCUCAUAAGAUCGCAGACUCUGGUGGUGUUGUGUGGAAUUCCUACCUCCUGACGACGGCACUGCAGACAGAUGACUGUCAUUUACUUUUUGUCUGAGAAAUAAAACUACACGCAUAGACCAUUUCAAGUGCAAUAUAUUUCGUCUCUCGUCAUCCCUUGUGUUUUGUCUUGAGCUAUGAUAUAUUAUAUGUAUCUAUAUUAUAUCUAUAUCCUCAUUUUUACAAGAAAAGGAAUGAUUCUUUUGAACCCUGCUUUACAGGCUGAGUAACAGUAAGGUAUAGCAGCUUCCCUCACCUUCCCCCCCUCCCCCCCCCUCCCCCCAGGUUUGAACCUAGGAUACAACUUCUGGGGUUCAGUGGGGUGGAAGCUAUGUCUUACAGGAACAGGAAACAGCGGGUUGUGAAUGUCAAGAUAUCUGAAAACAUGAGGGGUUGUACUUUUCCAUAGAAAUAUUUAGUUAAAUGUUCAUUUUUGUUUCGACGGGGACAAUGUAAAGUUUCUUCAGGAAAAUGUUACAAACUUUGUGAGUUCGUCUAUUUCAGCUGGAGUCUGAGCUGAUGUGAUUAUGAAUUCUUUGUCAAAUCUUCAAGAAAUCUGUUAAUUUUUUAACGAUAAAAACUAUAUUGUUGUGAUACUGGGCUGAGGUGCAUGACACGUAUUUCUGUAUGGCAACAAGACUUCACCUUUGUGUCAUUAUCUGUUUUUCUUCUUUACCUGAUAUAAAAACCAAAGUAACAACAAAACAAACAAAUAAAGAAGAGAUUGAGGAAUAUUGUUUUAGACUGAUUUGUGGAUUAAAAUGUUUCCUCUCUCUUUACCAGCAUCAACGGUGCAGUGGUCAGUCUCUUUGCAUAGCCCACAGAAGAUAUGAUUUUGAAUGUGACUUGGUGAAAUUAUUUUAUUGAGUGCCUUCGUCUGUCUUAUGGGACACUGUAUUUCACUCAGCUGACCCUGACAUGCAAGUUGUUAGAAGGGUCCACCUCCAGAAUUAUCUGAAUUGUGUCAAUUAGAAUGGAAAACCUUUACAAUUAAAAAAUAUCCUUUGUUUUUGUUUUCUGUCCACUGUUAGUACAAGGAUUGAUCCAUCCAUCAGUCUGUUACAUUACUUUUGAGAUUUUCAGAUAAUGAUAUUAUGUCAGCAGGUGUUGGUUGUGUCUGUUUGUAUUCACAUGUCAUCAUCAUGUCAAUGUACUUUGCUUUACUCAAACUAAGCUGACUAAUACGUAGGCCAGUAUAUUAUGUGUAGAAUAAAUGGCUAUGAAGAUUCCUGUGUUGAAAGUAGAACUGUGGAGGGGAGAGUGCUAGUACAACGUGUUGAAAGAAGAUGCAGGUUCUAGCAGUGGCUUGCUUGAGUCAUGUUAUAUAGAUUCUGAGGCCAUGUGUUCAUACGAGGCUUCUCUCGAGCUGUCUAGUCAUCAUUUUCUUGGUCAUCUUCUUUUUCUUCCGGAGAAGGUAGUUUUCUAGGUUCUCCAGCCACUUGGCUCGGUCCUCUCAGCAAUGACAGCUAAAUUGGGAGGUUCCACCUCUUUCAUAACUUUCCAAUGUCAGAAAUGUCGUUAUACCUUUUUUAUUUCAAUAUUUUGGAAGGCCCUAUCUGUUCUGUGUUAGGGCCAUUCUAUUAAAAGCGAUUUGCAGCGACACAUUUAAAGCAAA